AUUGUGGGCGGGGCGCGGGGCGAGGCUGGGGAAUCCGGCCGCGGAGGGUCGGCCCUGUGAGCUCCGCAGUUGCGGCUCUUCUGUAGCAGCCGGGCCAGAGCUCUGUUCUUCGCGGCUGCAGUCACGGAGGGUUCCCGCCGGCCGUUGUCUGCAUGGGCCUGAGCAGCCUGUCUGCGAGCAAGCCGUGGCAUUUAAAAAAUUUUAACCAUUCAUGAGUUGAGCCUCAUUCUUGAGUUAUGGAUGACAAGGCCUCUGUUGGAAAAAUCAGUGUCUCUUCAGACUCAGUGUCCACUCUUAAUAGUGAAGAUUUUGUCUUGGUUUCCAGGCAAGGAGAUGAGACACCAUCUACAAAUAAUGGGAGUGAUGAUGAGAAGACGGGACUCAAGAUUGUAGGGAAUGGGAGUGAACAGCAGCUUCAGAAAGAGCUAGCAGAUGUGCUGAUGGAUCCUCCCAUGGACGACCAGCCAGGGAUGGAAAGGUCACACCUGGAUGGGGAAGGAGAUGGGCCUCUUUCUAAUCAGCUCUCAGCUUCAUCCACCAUUAAUCCUGUGCCCCUGGUAGGGCUUCAGAAACCAGAGAUGAGCCUGCCAGUGAAACCUGGACAAGGAGAUUCUGAAGUGUCAAGUCCUUUCACACCAGUGGCUGAUGAGGAUAGUGUAGUUUUCAAUAAACUAACUUACUUAGGCUGUGCCUCAGUAAAUGCUCCCCGGAGUGAAGUGGAAGCCUUGAGGAUGAUGUCUAUCUUGAGAAGUCAGUGUCAGAUUUCUCUGGAUGUAACCCUCUCAGUGCCGAAUGUAUCUGAAGGAACUGUGAGACUUUUAGAUCCUCAAAUAAACACUGAAAUAGCAAACUACCCUAUCUACAAAAUCCUCUUCUGUGUUAGAGGGCACGAUGGGACUCCUGAAAGUGACUGUUUUGCAUUCACUGAAAGUCACUACAACGCAGAGCUCUUCAGGAUACAUGUCUUUCGCUGUGAAAUACAAGAAGCUGUAAGCCGGAUACUUUACAGUUUUGCCACCGCCUUCCGCCGCUCUGCCAAGCAGACCCCACUCUCAGCCACAGCUGCACCACAGACUCCUGACAGCGACAUCUUUACCUUCUCUGUGUCUUUAGAAAUAAAAGAAGAUGAUGGUAAAGGUUAUUUUAGUGCUGUUCCCAAAGACAAGGACAGACAGUGCUUUAAACUGCGCCAAGGUAUCGAUAAGAAGAUUGUCAUCUGUGUGCAGCAAACAGCUAACAAAGAACUUGCCAUUGAAAGGUGCUUUGGUCUUCUCCUUAGCCCAGGAAAAGAUGUCCGAAAUAGUGAUAUGCACUUGUUGGAUUUGGAGUCUAUGGGUAAAAGUUCAGAUGGAAAGUCAUAUGUUAUUACUGGAAGCUGGAAUCCGAAGUCCCCACAUUUUCAAGUUGUGAAUGAAGAAACUCCUAAAGAUAAAGUGCUGUUCAUGACAACAGCUGUGGAUUUGGUGAUAACAGAAGUACAGGAACCUGUUCGAUUUCUUCUAGAGACAAAAGUUCGAGUAUGCUCACCUAAUGAAAGGUUAUUCUGGCCCUUCAGCAAACGGAGCACUACUGAAAACUUCUUUCUGAAACUGAAGCAGAUAAAGCAGAAGGAGAAGAAGAAUAAUGCUGACACUUUAUAUGAAGUUGUGUGUUUGGAAAGUGAGUCAGAGAGAGAGAGGAGGAAAACUACAGCCAGUCCUUCAGUUCGCCUGCCACAGUCUGGAUCCCAGAGCUCCAUGAUCCCCUCUCCUCCAGAAGACGAUGAAGAAGAGGAUAAUGAUGAGCCUCUAUUGAGUGGAUUUGGGGAUGUAUCCAAAGAAUGUGCAGAAAAAAUUCUUGAAACAUGGGGAGAACUGCUGUCAAAAUGGCAUCUCAACUUGAAUGUGAGACCAAAGCAGUUGUCAUCCUUAGUGAGAAGUGGUGUUCCUGAAGCUCUCCGUGGAGAAGUCUGGCAGCUGCUAGCAGGCUGCCACAACAACGAUCACUUAGUGGAAAAGUACCGGAUUCUCAUCACAAAGGAGUCUCCCCAAGACAGUGCUAUCACCAGAGAUAUUAACCGCACAUUUCCAGCUCAUGACUACUUCAAGGACACAGGAGGAGAUGGACAAGAUUCCUUAUAUAAAAUAUGCAAGGCAUAUUCUGUGUAUGAUGAAGAGAUUGGUUAUUGCCAGGGCCAGUCCUUCCUCGCGGCUGUGCUGCUUCUUCACAUGCCUGAAGAACAGGCAUUCAGUGUUCUGGUCAAGAUCAUGUUUGACUAUGGUCUCAGGGAACUUUUCAAGCAAAAUUUUGAAGAUCUACAUUGCAAGUUCUACCAGCUGGAGCGCCUCAUGCAGGAAUAUAUUCCUGAUCUGUACAACCACUUCCUGGAUAUCAGCCUUGAAGCACACAUGUAUGCCUCCCAGUGGUUCCUUACACUGUUCACUGCAAAAUUCCCUCUCUACAUGGUCUUCCAUAUCAUCGACCUGCUCUUAUGUGAGGGAAUAAGUGUCAUCUUUAACGUUGCCCUUGGAUUACUAAAGACUUCCAAGGAUGACUUGCUGUUGACAGACUUUGAGGGUGCCUUGAAAUUCUUCAGGGUUCAGCUCCCUAAAAGAUACCGCUCAGAAGAAAACGCAAAGAGGCUCAUGGAGCUAGCCUGCAACACAAAGAUUAGCCAAAAGAAGCUGAAGAAGUUUGAAAAAGAGUACCAUACCAUGAGGGAGCAGCAGGCCCAACAGGAAGAUCCCAUCGAGCGGUUUGAGCGGGAAAAUAGGCGGCUACAAGAAGCUAACAUGAGGCUGGAACAGGAAAACGAUGACUUAGCUCAUGAGCUGGUCACCAGUAAAAUUGCAUUGCGGAAGGACCUGGAUAAUGCAGAGGAAAAGGCAGAUGCAUUGAAUAAGGAGCUGCUAAUGACCAAGCAGAAGCUGAUUGAUGCAGAAGAUGAGAAGAGAAGGUUAGAAGAGGAGUCUGCACAGUUAAAGGAAAUGUGCCGCCGUGAACUUGACAAGGCAGAAUCAGAGAUUAAAAAAAACAGCUCUAUCAUUGGUGACUAUAAGCAGAUUUGUUCUCAACUGAGUGAAAGACUGGAAAAGCAACAGACAGCCAAUAAAGUGGAAAUUGAGAAAAUCCGGCAAAAGGUAGAUGACUGUGACCGCUGCCGAGACUUCUUCAACAAAGAAGGGCGAGUGAAAGGUGCCAGCUCAGUCAAGGGGGUUUCAGAUGAGGACACAGACGAAGAAAAAGAAGCACUCAAGAACCAGCUGCGGGAGCUGGAGCUGGAGCUGGCACAAACCAAACUGCAGCUGGUAGAAGCUGAGUGCAAGAUCCAGGACUUGGAACACCACUUGGGCCUUGCCCUCAGUGAGGUGCAGGCUGCCAAGAAGACCUGGUUUAACCGAACACUGAGCUCCAUAAAGACAGCAACGGGCGUGCAAGGGAAAGAGACGUGCUGAGAGCAGCUGCUGCCUCCACACACCUCCAGAAAACACACCACCUUUUGUUGCCUUCUUUGGCCAGAUGUGUGAUUCUGUGAUAUGUUGCAGGACCAGAAUGUACCUAGGUCAGAGCUGUAUAGUAUGUUGGUAGAUCAGUGGGCCAGGGCUCCUGCAGCAGGCUGCAAACCCAAUUGACGCUUUGGGCAUGCACCAGAGUCCUUCCUCCUAGUGCCAUUAAGGCCUCUUUUCUGUAUAGGAACACUUCACACAGCCAGAGUUGGGGUAUCCCCCAAUGUAUUGGGUUUUCUUUUUAAACCCUUUAAAAAAAAUUGUGUGUGUGUGUAUACAUAUACACAUGCAGACACUCUGUCCUUUGAGUGGGGAGCAGGGAUUCAGAGAUUAGAGUAAUUCUCAUCUGUCAUUGCCAGCAAAAGCUCCCAGAGACAUGAAAAGCACUUUGAGUAAAGGGUCUCGUAGUCACAGGUCAAGUCACCUAAUUUUGUUAACUAAUAUAGUGCAUAGGUUUUGAUUUGGAAUUAUUCACAUUGCCGAGCAAUUCUAUGCAACUCUCAUAGUCGUAUUUCCUUCCUUCCUUCCUCCCUACCUUCCUACCUUCCUUCCUUCCUUCCUACCUUCCUUCCUUCCUUCCAAAAAAGCAUUAGCUGCCAAAACUACUUCUAUAGGCUGGAAUGGGCCACAUGACUGUGAGACUGAAUCAAUCAUGACAUGGACAGCUCUUUGUUAAAGUGUCAUGUGUGUAUAUAUAUGUGUGUGUGUGUGUGUCUGUAUAUAUGUGUGUGUAUAUAAAUAUAAAUAUAUAUAUAUAUACAUAUAAAUACCUUCCCCGGCACCCUGCAGUGACAGUGUUUAAGUCCCAGACAACCUGCUAAUCUACCACUGCCAUCUGUGGUUAUGGGGCACUUCCUUUCACUCAAGGUUUAUUGGGCUCUGUUCUUCCUGCCAUUGUAGGAGCUGGCAAGAGCUCCUUGACCACUAAUGUUUUGCAUAGCAGGUUGUUCAAGUAAGGAAGACUGAAUACAUGAAAGUAUGUACACACUGUAAGAUCUUACUUUCCUGGCUCAAUCUUUGUCAGGCCUCUGAAGCCUCCCAGAGUAGCCAGGUAUCGAUCUCACUGGUCAGAUGAUGGGCUGUGGAUUCUCACCUUAAAGCUAUGAAAUGGUGGUUUUAGCACCUUUUAAAAUUAAAAAAAAAAAAAAAAACCUUUUGACUCUUAAUUUAUAUGCUGACAAGCAGUCUCACAAGUGGCUCAUCUUCUCUGCUGUAUGGUCUGCUCUGUGUGGAGGUAGCUUGGGUUUGUAUAUAAGGACACGAGUUAUUUCCUCUUCCCCUGUUGGCUUUACUAAUGCUUAAUGAGGUCAUCUACAGUGGGGAGAUAAUAAGUGGCCUGCUCUUCCCCAGACCAUCCCCUACCACUUCCAGUAUCUGUCCUAUUCAGUUAACCCAAAUAGCUGUAAGCCCAUCUAAAACUAGGUGUGUGGACAUUAUGUGCUAGGGUAGUUUGUGCGUCACCUUUAUGAACUGAAAUAUAAACCAGUAAAAUUGUAUUACUAUUUCUUUUGUUUUAACAGCAUAUUCAUUAAAUAUUUUGGUACAAACAGCA